UUAUAAGAGCUUAUUGAUCAUAUCUUAUCAUAUAUAAUAUAUAUACACAAAUAAUAUUAUUAAAUAUUAUGGGUAAAGGAAGAACAGCUUGUUGUGAUAAAAGUAAAGUGAAGAAAGGGCCAUGGACUCCUUCUGAAGAUUUGAAGCUUAUUUCUUUCAUACAAAAACAUGGCCAUGGCAAUUGGCGUGCCCUUCCUAAACAAGCUGGGUUAUUGAGGUGUGGGAAGAGUUGCCGGUUGAGGUGGAUUAACUACUUAAGACCUGACGUAAAGCGAGGGAAUUUCACCCCACAAGAAGAAGACACCAUUAUUAACCUACAUCGCGCUUUUGGCAACAGGUGGUCAAAGAUAGCAUCUCAUUUACCAGGAAGAACAGAUAACGAGAUUAAAAAUGUGUGGAAUACUCAUUUGAAGAAGAGAUUAGUUGUGAUGAAGAAAGAGGAAUGCAAGUCUUCUUCAUCAUCAACUUCAACAAGUAGUCAUCAAGGCCAAUACAUGGAUAAUAAUAAUAAUAAUAGCACUACUUUAGAGUCUCUCUCUCCCACUUCUUCCAAGGCUAAUGAUCAAGUUAUGGACUUUUGGGAAUACAUGUUGGAUACUAGUAGUACUCCUACUAGUAUUAAUAAUUUGGAUCAUUUAGACAGCUACUCCAAAUUGGACAUUACUAGUGAACAUCAUCCUCAGCAGCUUGUAGAUGAAUAUGAAUGCCAAAAGUGGUUGACAUACUUGGAAAUUGAACUAGGACUAACAACAAAUAAUCAACAAGAAGACCACCAAAAUAACUUCAUGCAACUCUAGAUGGGGAGUUUAAGUUCUAUACAGUGUCCGUCCAUGUAACAAUUUAAAUUUACAUACACUAACAGCGAUGUAUAUUACUUAAAUGAGCUAGGAAUAACAUUUAGUACCUGGCUAGCACAAAAACUCAUUGUACCUUUCAGCUAGAAAUAAUAAAUAAAGGCAUGUCUGCAUGUUCAUCAUAUAUACUAGCAGUUUCAGUUUGGUUA